UGGCCCAGCCUGGGCUCCUCCGGCACAGAACUAGCCGCGCCCCUGGCCACGCGCCCGGGCCACGCGCUCCGGCUCCCGCGUAGAGCUGCGCGUGGGCUCGGGGCGGGAACUCAUAACAAGUGGACAAACAGCCGCGACCCAGCCGCUCCCGCUCCCGCCCACGCCUGGCGCGGGGCCUUGAGCGCAGGAGCAAAACAAACUUAUUUGGAACGCGGUCCCCCGCGGCGCGCGCUCGGCCAAUCAUUAACCUCCGGCAGGUGCGCGCCCCGCGCCCUUUAUAAGGCGCGCGCGGCUCCCAGCGCCAUCGCCGCCCGGAGCGUCCACCGGGCCUUGAGCACCUGCCGCCCCGCCCAGCGCCUCCAGGACCGGCCCUCCCGCCGCCGCCGCCGCCCCGAUGGCGAUGCCCGCGGUCCCCGCCGCCUCCGCCGCGCCGCUCCUGCUGCUGCUGGCCGCCCUGCUCGGCGAGGCCGCCGCCGAGGAGCCCCACCGGUGGGAGUGCGCGCCCUGCUCCGCCGAGAAGCUGGCGGCCUGCCCGCCGGUGCCCGAGUCCUGCCGGGAGCGAGCCCGGCCCUACGGCUGCGGCUGCUGCACCAUGUGCGCCCUGCGCCAGGGCGACGCGUGCGGCAUGACCUCUGCGCGCUGCGAGAGCGGCCUCAGCUGCCAGGCGCGCCCCGGAGAGACCCGGCCGCUGCGGGCGCUGUCCCAGGGCCGGGGCGUGUGCAUGCCCGAGACCACCAACGCCGAGCCCAGCGCCGAGGCCACAGAGGCCGAGGAGGAGAGCCCGGGGGAAGAGUCCCCGCUGUGGAGCUCGCUCGGUACCUUCGAGAAGAUCCAGAAGGUCGGGACCUCCAACAUCAAGGACUCGAAGGAACCUUGCCGGCGAGAACUGUACGAGGUGCUGUCCAAAGUGGCCCAGGAGAAGACCCAGGCAGCUGACGGCCUCUACAAGUUCUACAUGCCCAACUGCCACAGGAACGGGAUGUACCACUCCAAGCAGUGCAUGGUGUCCCUGCAUGGAGAGAUAGGGGUCUGCUGGUGCGUGUACCCCUGGAACGGGCAGAAGAUCGUGGGGUCCACGGAGGUGUUCGGGGACCCCAACUGCGAUCAGUAUUUCCCGAAGGCAGACGCAGCGAGACCUGUUCCUUCAACGAAACGUUGAGGCACAGGGUGUGUUCGUGCUCCGACACACCAGCUCCGUGUGCGGGGAGGGAGCUCUCGAUACUCCACACGCUACUUGCUUCUGAAGCUGUAGUCUAUUUAUUCUCCCUGAGUUUAUUUUUCUACGCGAGAACCCGCGCUCUGCUAACUUACGUGCACAGACACUGCUCAGCCGGCGUGUAGCACUCGCACCAGCUGUCCUCGAGCUUGGACAGCCCCGCGGGGACGUGCGGCCACUCGGAGCCUCGUUCCCUCCGGGAGGCGCAGUGGCGCUCAGCCCGCCAGGGGUGGGUGGGCGUGCGGGAGGUGAGGGCUGCAUUGUCACAGGCUCGCACCAUGUGCACAAAUAAACGGCCUCUCAGCACCUG